AUGAGAAUACGAAAAACAUGGUGUACAUUGUGCCGUGAAAAUUUCGAAGACGGGGAUGAAUGUAUUUGCUGUAAACAAUGUAAAAAGAAAUUUCAUAGAGAAUGUUUACAAGCAGAGGGCUUGAUAGAUAUUGAACAAUUAAGAGACAUAAAAAAUUAUAUAUGCUAUCAAUGCAUGAAUGAAGAUGAUGAUAUUCCCGAAAAUGAAGAUAGAUGUAAAAUAUGUCGUGAAAAAUCGUCAAAUUUAAUUUUAUUAUUAUGUGAUGGAUGCCCAAAUAGUUAUCAUGUUAGUUGCUUAGGAUUACAAGCAGAACCUGAGUCUGAAAAAUGGUAUUGUCCAGUUUGUAAACCUGAAGAACAUAAAAAUUUAGAUGUACGACGAAUGAGAAAAGGUUUUGCAAUAGAUAAUAUGAAUGGCGAUCAUGUAAAUUCCUCAAGUUGUUAUGUAUGCCAAAGACCUGGUAAAUUAUUAGGAUGUGAUUUUUGUCCAAAUUCUUUUCAUCCUACAUGUUUGCCAGAUUUAGAUUUUGAUAAUAUAUCAGAUCAAUGGGAAUGUCCAUGUUGUAAAAAUGAAGAUCCAUUACUAAAUCAAGGACAUAAAAGAUGGACGAAAAAUGAAAUACAAGAAAUUAUGAAAAAAAGGCAAAAAGAAUUAAAUUUUUGGAGAUCUAAAAUUAUAAAAUAUAGAAAUAGAUUUUUAUUAGCACAUCGAAAAGAUUUACAACCAUUUGUAAAUCCAAAAGUUUUUGCAAAUUUAACAAAAACAUUUAAAAAUGAUUUUUAUGCUGCAAAAUGUAAUACAAAUAAAAAAGGAGGGAAAGGUGAUUCUGGAAAAGGAACAAAAAUAACAUCUAUUAGUAGUAAUUCCUCAAAUAGUGGGAAAAAAUCCCUUAAUUUAGAUUCAAAAGAAUUUGAUGAAUAUAUAUCAUCAUUAGAAGAAGAAGCAAAUAAAAAUGCAAGUAAAUUUAUAGAAUCUGUUUUUCUUAGUGUUUAUCAGCCUAAUGGUAAAAAAAUAGAAAGACGACCUCUUGUAGAUAAUGUACAAUUAAAACCUCAUCAAGAAGAUGGAGUUGAAUGGUUAUUAAAAUCAUUUUUAACUGGCGGUGCUAUAUUAGCAGAUGAAAUGGGAUUAGGUAAAACUAUACAAACUUUAUGUUUUUUAUCUUAUUUAAAAUGUAAUAAAAUAGAUGGUCCUAAUUUAAUUGUUGUUCCAUUAUCUACUGUUGGUAAUUGGCUUCGAGAAAUUCAUAGAUUUACUCCACAUCUAACAUGUAUAAAAAUAUGUGGUUCUAAAAAUGAAAGAACCCAUGCUAAAGAAGACAGAUUAGCAGAAAAGGGAUUAUAUGAUUUAUAUGUAACUACAUAUGAAACUGUUAAAAAUGAAGAAGAAUUUUUUGUAGAAACAAUACCAAAAUGGCAAUGUAUUGUUUUAGAUGAAGCACAUCGAAUCAAAAAUCAAGGAGGUGCAAUUAGACACUCUAUGGACAGAGUUGUAGGAAAUAUGAGAUUACUACUUACUGGUACACCACUUCAAAACAAUUCAGCCGAAUUAUUUACAUUGAUUAAUUUUAUGUUUCCCGAUAUUUUUAAAAAUUCUGAAAUAAUUGAACAAGCUUUUAUGAAUACACCAAUGGGAGGAAAUAAUCAAAAUAAUUCCAAUUCAAAUACAAACAAUAAUAAUGGUAAUAAUAGUGGAAAUAGUAAUAAUUAUAAAUUAAAUAUAGGCAACAUAGAUUUAAAGUCAUCUAUUAAAGAAGAAGAUUUAAAAGCAAUUCGAUGUUUAUUAGAUAAAAUUAUGUUACGAAGGUUAAAAGAACAAGCUAUAACAUUACCUCGAAAAAUAUUUCAUGAUGUAUGGCUACCAUUAGGUAGUUUAUCAGCACAUUGGUAUAAAAGAUUAUUAGAUAUAAGAUCAAUGGUUGAAGAAAAAGUUAGUGUAAAAAAAUUAUUAGGGCUAGUUAUAAAAAUGAGAAUAAUUUGUGGACAUCCAAAAGGAAUUGUUAGUAGACCAUCACAAAUGGAAAAGUUAUUUGCAUUUUUUGAAGAAGAGAGUGAAGAAAUAAAAGAAGAAGUAAAAAAAGAUGCAAUAAAAUUAAAAAAUAUAUCAGGAGAGGAACAUAUAGAAUCCUCAUCUAAAUUGAUUUUUAUUGAUAAAUUAUUAUGUCAAUUACAUUAUGAAAAUUGUAAAUAUGUUAAAAAUUAUGCAGCUAAUUUUGAUAAGCAUAAAAAAGAAGUUGCUAUAUAUCAUUACCAUAAAAUGCAAGAACAAAAUCAAUCCCAGAAAAAAAAAAGAGAGCAUAGUGGUAAAUUUAAAAAAAAUGAAGCAUUAGAAAAUUCACCAUUAUUUAUGGAAAUAUAUAAUAAAGGAAAAUUAGAAUUAAAACCAACAUCUAAUGAUGAAGAUAAGUUAAAAAGUUUUAUGCAUACUGUUUCAAUUGAUAAUGAAUGUCCAUAUAAAAAAAAAAGAUGUAUAUAUGAUAAAAUAAAAGAAAUGAUUAAAAAUAAAAAUAAUGCUAAAUUUAAUCAAAAUAAUUUAUAUUCUGUUAAAAAUCCUUCCAAAGAUUUCUCCGAAUUUCAUUAUAAAGAAAAUAAUGAAAAUGAAAACAAAACAUUUGAUGAUGAAGAUGAAGAAGAAGAGGAGGAGGAAGAGGAGGAAACUGAAGAUGACGAGUACAAUUAUGGUGAUAAAAAUAAGGGCACCAAAAAAAAUAAAAAAAAAAAUCUAAAGCAAGUAUUUCCUGACGAGGACAGUAAUGAUGGAAGUAAUGAAAAUGGCACUGAUGCAGAGAAGGAAGAGAAAGAGGAAAACGAAGAACAAGAUGAAAAAGAAGAAAAGGAGGAAAAAGAAGAAAAAAAUGAGCAAGAUGAAUCAGGUGAAAAAAAUAGCAACACAGGCAUAAACAGCAAAAAUAUUGUCACCUUAGGAAAAAAUUGUAAAAUUAUAAAUAUAAAAGAAUUUUUUAAAAGCGAAAAAGAGAGUACUAAUACUGAAGGAAAAACAAAUGAAAACUCCACACAAAUAUCUAAUAAAGAAAACUUAGAAAAAAUAGAUGCAGAUUAUAUUAAAAAAGAAUAUGAAGGUGAUACAAUAAGUACAAUGCAUUUAAAUAAAAGUGAUACGGAAGAAAAAAUGAUGCAAGUAUCUGAAACAAAAGAUGAAAAUAAUUCAAAGUUAGAAAAAAAUGAAGAAACAGAAGAAAAUAAUAAUAUAGUUAAUGUAAAAAAAGAAGUAACUAUUCAACUUCCUUUUACAAGAUCAAAUUCGAAUAACGAAGAAGGGGAAAAUAGUCCCAAAUCAGAACCUAAAAUGCAUAAAGUUUUAAUCUUUACUCAAUUUCAAUUAGUAUUAGAUGAAUUAGAAGAAUAUUGUAAAUAUAGAUGUUGGAAAUAUAUGAGAUUAGAUGGGUCUACUAAUAAAUUAAUUAGAGAGUUAGAUAUUAGAGAAUUUAAUUUAUCUGAUAGUAUUUAUUUUAUAUAUUUAAUUAGUACUAGAGCAGGUGGAUUAGGUAUUAACCUAACGGCUGCAAAUCAUGUUAUUAUGUAUGAUGAGGAUUGGAAUCCAUUUAUAGAUUUACAAGCUAUUGAUAGAGCACAUCGUAUAGGACAAAAAAGAGAAGUAAAUGUUUGGAAGUUAAUGACGGAAUGGACGGUCGAAGAAAGAAUGGCUUUUAGGAGAGAGCAAAAAUUAAAAUUAGAUAAGUUAGUGGUUCAAACACAAGAAGAUGAAGAUAUGUUAGAUAACUUUGAAGAAAAAUUAUCUUCUGAUGAAAUUCGAAAAUUAAUGUUACAUGGUAAAGCUGCAAUACAAAAUAUGGAUGUUGAAGAAACUCUUGAUUUACCACUUGAAUUUUUUAUAGAAAGAGGUCGAAGGAAGUUGCCAAUUAUUAAUGGUAUUGAUUUAGAAAAAGAAGAAAAAAAUACAAUCGAGCAAGAAAUAAAAAAUAUAAAAGAAGAUAGAGAUCAACUUAAUUCAAAUGAUGAAGAUAAUAUAUAUGUACAAAAAGGAAAUUAUAUUAGUGAUGAUGAGGGAAGAGAUAAUAAUUAUGAUGAAAAUGGAAUUGACAUUGAUGAAGUAAUGCUUGAUGAAGCAGAAGAAUUACUUGAUCAAGGUCCUAAUAAUAAUGGAUCAGGUUCUUUUUAUGAAGAUGGUAAUAAUGAUAAUAAUACAGAUGCAGUUAAACGUGAUAAAGAACCACAUGGAAGUAAUAAUUCAGGUAUCGGAUUAACAUCACAAUAUUCUUCAAAUAAUAAUGGAGGUGAUUCUACUUUAUGGAGAUCUGUUAGAGAAAGAAAAAAACCACAAAAUAUGUAUACCCCUGAAUAUUGGGGACGAAAACAAGAAGUAAAACAAAUUAAACAUGAAUAUAGAUGUUUUAUAUGUAAUAAUACAAAAAAUUAUAAAACUACAGUAAAAGAUAGAAAUAAUAAUGAUAUAGAAAUAGAUUAUGGUGAUAUGAUAAAUUGUUUUAGAUGUCCUAAAACAUAUCAUAAAUUAUGUGAAGGUAUAAAAGAUGAAGUAGUUAAAAAAACAUGGACAUGUAGUUGGCAUGAAUGUUGUUUAUGUUUUAGAAAAUCAUCUCAAUGUGGUAAUUUAUUAAUACAUUGUGCUACUUGUCCUACUAGUUUUUGUUAUAGUUGUUUCCCUCCAGAUUAUAUACGAUAUUAUGUUGGUGAAGAAUAUUAUCACAACUUAAGACAAAGGGGUGUUAAUUUUAAUGCACAAAAUUGGGUAUGUUUCUUAUGCUCUAAAUGUAAAGCCGUUGAAGAGCAAAAGAAACGAAGAAAAAUGACCAAAGAAGAAAGAGAAAAUGAAAAACAAUUACAAAAGGAAUUAAGAAGUCAAUUACAUGAUAGUAAACAAGAAGAAAUUGAAACAAAAAAAAGAAAAAGAGCACAACAAUUAGAAAGAGAUAAAUUUAUUAUUGAAAAUAGAAAACGUAUUGAUGCGUUAGAUAAAAAAUAUGAAAUGCAAUUAAGAAGUGCAUAUGAAAAUUUAUUCCCUCCAAAAUUUAUUAAAGAAUUAAUUAACCGAAUUGAACAAGCCAAACUAUUAAAACAAAAAAGUGGUACAGGUCAAGAUGAAGAAAAUAAUACAUCUAAAGAAUUAUCAAAGAAUCAAAAUUCAAAAGAUUCUGAUAAUAAUACACCUAAAGAUUCAACAAAUAAAAAAAAAUCAACAACAUUUUUACAUACUAAGUUGCCAAAUAAAAUGUUAGUUUUAUGUGAAAAUUGUAAAUUACCAUGUCAUGCAAAUUAUAAAUAUCCAGGAAAUUGUUGUUAUCCUUUAGAGCUUGAUAAAUCUUAUUUUUAUGCAAACUCAUCAUUUAAUCCGUCAACAAAUAAUAAGGAUAAUAAAAAUGGGAAUACAGGAGAUGGUAAUACAGGAUGUGCUGAUGGUUCUGGCUUUGGGCAAUACCCAUGUUCCUCAACCUCAUCAAUGGAUAAAAAAAAUUCAGCAAAAAAAAAUAUGACUAAAGAUGGUGAUAAUAGCAAUAUGAACCAAAAUAAUAAUCAAGUAAAAGAAGAGGAAGAAGAAGAUGGUACUGAAAAAAAAAUAAAUUAUAAUUCACAAAAUAAUGAAAAAGAAAUGAAUACAACUGGUCAAUCAAAUUAUAAUAAUGAUGAAAAUCCAACAAAUAGUAGUCGAAAAAAUUUCGAUGAAAAUAAUAAUGAAGAUAAAAAUGAAAAUGAACAAGGAGAUUCACCAAAUAAUAAUAAUCAAGAUAAUAAUGGGAAAGCAAAAACAAGAAGAUUUUUAAGAGCUGUUUGUUCAAAAUGUGGAACUGUUCAACUUGGUAAGUUAGCUCAUUUUAGAAAACAUUGUGAUAAAUUAACAGAAGAAGAAAAAAAAGAAUAUGAAGAUAAGAGAGAAAAAUUAAAACAUCUAAUCGAAUUACUUAAUACAAAAAGUAUACCUGAUGAAUAUACAGAAGAAGAAUAUAAAAAUAUGUCUAUCUUUAAAUUUAAAGGUUUAUAUAGUACCUUUCAAGAUAAAGCAGAUAAUAUUUUAGAGGAUUGUAUUCGUGAAAUGAAAUGGGAUAUGCUUAUAUCUACUAAAAAAAAAACACUUAAAAAAGAAAAAGAAAAUAAAAAAAAUAAUAAUAACAAUAAUAAUAAUAAUGGAGGUAAUGGAGGAAUGGGUAAUAGUAGUGGCAACAGUAGUGGUAAAGGAAAAGGUGGUGGCGGAAAAGAUGGAAUGAAAAAAGGAGGAAGUAAUACAAAUUCAUCUGCUAAAUCAAAUUUAGCACAUUUGUUAUAUAAAAAUGCAUUAAUAAAUUCAUUAAAUAAAGAAGGAAAAGAAUUUAUUGAAAUUAUUAGUGAUAAUAUGACUGACGAGAUGAAAGAAUUACUAAGUCGUGAAUUAUCAUCUAUGAAAGGGAAGAGAAAAAAAGUUAUAAAUAAAAAUACAUUAAAAACUAAAAAAGCUAAAGGAAGUGGUGAAUGUGAUGAAGGAAAUAAUAAUACAAUAGAAGAUGGAAUAAUGAAUAGACAUAAUAAUAAUGACAAAUUUAAUGAAUUAAAAAAAAUAAGUUCAAACAAUAAUUUAAAUAUGUAUCAUGAUAAAUUAAAUAAAGAUAAAUCAAAUGAACAUUUUACAUUAGAUUCUUUUAAUGAUGAAUUUUUACAUAAAGCUAAAGAAUUUUUAAGGAUAACAAAAAAAAAAAUAAUUAAUAAUGGAUUUUCUGAAUCACCAAAUAUAGCAAAUGUAUUAAAUGUAGGAGAUAAAAAUAAUAAUAUGGAUAUUGAAAAAUCAAUUAUUCAAAAUUAUAUAAAAAAAAUGAAAAAUUCAUUAAAAAAUAAUCAACCUAAUCCUAAAAUUAUGACAGAACAAAAUUUUAAUAAACAUCAUCGUAUGAGUAGUUAUGAUCAUAAUAGAUCAAGUUCAAACUCACGAAUAGAUAUGUAUAAAAAUAAUUUAGAUAGAAAUAAUAAAUAUAAUAUUCAACCAUCUCAUAGUAAUUAUCGAAUUAAUAGAGGCGGUAGUGGAGACCGUAUCAAAAUAGGCGGUCUUGUAAAUGAACAUAAUAAUAAUAAUAACAGAAUAUUUACUCCUAAAUCUGCUGUACCAAAUAAAAACUAUCACUACCCAGACAUAAACGAUUUUAAUGUUGACAUUUUCAAUAUAGACAAGAAUGUUAAGCACAAAGAUGACUCGGGGGAAUAUGACAUAAAAAAAAUAACAAGCCUCUCAGAAAAUACGGGAACAAAUAAAGUACACGAAUAUAUACUAUAUAGAAAAAAAAAAAGUAACAGUAAUAGUAGAAAUCAUCAUGGGUAUGAUGAAGACAACAACUCUAAUUUCAAUGCCAUAGGAAGAAUGGGUAGUGGGCAUAAAAGAGAUGAUGUUGGCAUGAUGAAUAAAAAUGGAAAAAUAAAUAUGGACAACCAAAUGAAUUUAAAGAGACCUUCAAAUUCAGCUAAUGAUAGAAUGAAACAGUUAAAUCUGAAUGAUGUCAAAAGCUUUUUAAUAAAUGCUGAAAGGAAUUAA